AUGUUCACCAAGACGCACACCUUCACGCACCCUCGCACUGGACUCUCCGCCGCGGCGAAGCACUAUCGGCGCAAUGGACCUCAGACCGGCUUGACUCUCGUCUUCUCGCAUGGCAUCAGUCUGACGAAGGAGCUUUGGGAGCCAACCAUUCAGCGCCUCUUCGAGCUCGACACGACCCACACGAUCCGUGACGCCUGGAGUCUCGACUGGCAAAGCCACGGAGAGUCUGGCGGUUUGAACCGCGCAGCCCUUGUAUCUCGCCCCGCUGUCACCGCCGCGGAAUAUGCCGAUCUCCUCGCAUACUUCACCACUUCCAGUUUCGUCGCCGGCUGCCAGGUCGUCGCUGUGGGCCACUCUGCGGGAGGUUCCUCCUGGGUUCUCGCUUCGACCUACAUGCGCUCGUCGCCGCUGAUGGGAAUGAUCCUGGUCGAACCGGCCUGCAUUGUUCCGCCCGUGGUCCCGAACGAUAUGCGCAUUGCCGUCGGCCAACACAACGUGCGGGCGUCUUCUCAGCGCCCAUUCGCGUGGCGCAGCUACCGGGAGGCCGCAGCCUUCCAUUCCGCGCACGCGCCUUGGAACCGAUGGGAUGAGCGCGUAUUGCGACUCUAUCUGCAGCACGGUCUCAGCGAGAUGCCGACAGGCGCCGUAGAGACCAAGUGCAUGAAGAAUCAGGAGAUCGGCGUCUACGAAGUUCGCCCUGGUUCGGAGCAUAUCGUCGCGGGCAAUGAACUCGCUCGUUUGAGCGCGCGUCUACCUGUGCAUAUGGUGUUCGGCGAGCGCCCAGAGAUGAUCACUCGUAAGGGUCGCAUGCAGCUCUGCGAUGCUUCCGCUGGUCGGAAGAUGGCAUCUGUGCAGCUCAUUCCGGCUGCAGGACACCUGGCUGUACAGGAGAACCCCAACGGUGUUGCCGCUUCCCUAUUCAACAUCUUGUUGUCCUUUGGAAUACAAGUCUCGGCGACCUCCGCACGACUCUAA